AUGUACCUCGGAUAUGGAUUGCUGCUUGUUAGGCAUCUGUGCAGCAAACUUCCUGAAAAAACGGAAGUGGAAAUGGAAGACAUAGCUGAAGAACCGAUUACGGAUGUAGAUAGCUGUGAUAAAAAAAAUAGAAUUGCUGUUGUGGAGUAUGUUGAUGAUAUAUAUGCUCAUUACAGGAAAACAGAGAGGUCCAGCUGUGUCUCACCCAAGUAUAUUGCACAGCAAUUCGACAUUAAUGAAAGGAUGAGAAGUAUUCUCAUUGAUUGGGUGAUUGAGGUGCACUACGAGUUCGAACUUAUGGAUGAGAGUUUGUACCUCACUGUGAAUCUAAUUGACAGAUUCUUAGCUGCUCAACCAGUGUUGAGGAAGAAACUACAGCUGGUUGGGAUCACAGCCAUGCUUCUUGCUUGCAAAUACGAAGGGGUCUCGGUUCCAGUGGUGGCCGAUCUCAUUUUAAUAUCUGACAAAGCUUACAACAGAAAAGAAGUGCUUGGGAUGGUAGAAUAUAAGUCAACUUUUUUUUUUGCUGGUAUUUUGGGAAUUAAUAUAAAUUCUAGGUACUUCUUGUCUUUGCUCAGUCUAAUGAGAAGCUUUCUUUUAUUGAACCAGCUUGAGCUUCUGUCGUUCUUCAUGAUCGAGCUUUGCCUGGUUGAGUAUGAAAUGCUCAAGUUCCCACCUUCUUUGUUGGCAGCCGCUGCAAUCUUCACUGCUCAAUGUACUCUCAAUGGGUCUAGGCAGUGGAGCAAGACAACCGAAUGGCAUACUUGCUGCUCCGAGGAACAGCUACUGGAAUGCUCGAUGUUGAUGGUUAUUCUCCGUCAGAAGGCAGGAAUUGGGAAACUCACGGGGGUGUUCCGGAAGUAUAGUACAUCUAAAUUUGGAUAUGCUGCAAAAGCAGAACCGGCUCACUUUCUCUUAGAGGACGGAUUUUAA